AUGCAGAUCUUCGUCAAGACCCUAACCGGCAAGACCAUCACUCUAGAGGUCGAGUCCAGUGACACCAUCGAUAACGUCAAGACCAAGAUCCAAGACAAGGAGGGCAUUCCUCCUGACCAGCAGCGCCUGAUCUUCGCGGGCAAGCAGCUUGAAGACGGCCGUACCCUUUCCGACUACAACAUUCAAAAGGAAUCGACUCUUCACCUUGUACUCCGACUCCGCGGUGGAAUGCAGAUCUUCGUCAAGACCCUUACUGGCAAGACCAUUACCCUCGAGGUUGAGUCUAGCGAUACUAUCGACAAUGUGAAGACCAAGAUCCAGGACAAAGAAGGCAUUCCUCCUGACCAGCAGCGCUUGAUCUUUGCCGGCAAGCAGCUUGAGGACGGCCGUACUUUGUCUGACUACAACAUCCAGAAGGAAUCUACCCUUCAUCUUGUUCUCCGCCUUCGUGGUGGUAUGCAGAUCUUCGUCAAGACUCUUACUGGAAAGACCAUCACCCUGGAGGUGGAAUCCUCCGAUACGAUUGACAAUGUGAAAACAAAGAUCCAGGACAAGGAGGGUAUUCCUCCAGACCAGCAACGUCUUAUUUUCGCUGGAAAGCAACUCGAGGAUGGGCGCACGCUUUCUGAUUACAACAUCCAGAAAGAAUCCACACUACACCUUGUCCUUCGUCUUCGUGGUGGUAUGCAGAUCUUUGUCAAGACGCUCACUGGAAAGACGAUCACAUUGGAAGUUGAGAGCUCCGAUACAAUCGACAAUGUCAAGACAAAGAUUCAGGAUAAGGAGGGUAUCCCCCCUGACCAGCAGCGUCUCAUCUUUGCUGGUAAACAGCUAGAGGAUGGCCGCACGCUCUCUGACUACAACAUCCAGAAGGAGAGUACGCUCCACCUGGUCCUCCGUCUCCGUGGCGGCAACUAA